ACAAUGCAAACGGUGCAGGCAUGCAUGACAAUGAUUAACUGUAUAGAAUAAAUUAUCGUGAACCAGGAAGCCCUCAUUAAAAUCAUACAGCAAGAAAUGGAUAACGACACAUAUAUAUCCGAGAAACUUGAAAAGUGGAAUAGUGAACUGGCCAGAGGGUUAACUCCGAAUAAUGUGAUCCUCUCUCUGUAUAUCAUUUUAGGAUUUGUGGGAAAUUCUAUCGUCAUCAUAGUUUAUAGAUUUAAAAUGAAAGGCAACAAAGAAGAAAGGUAUUUUAUCCCAUUUCUUGCCUUUGCAGAUUUGUGGGCCUCCUUUGUAUGCGGUUCAUUUGGAAUUGCUCUUAACAUGAUGCAAGCCCAAUUUAAUAACACAGAUUUGUGCAAAGCGUGGUGGUUCUUCGCAGCUUUUACAACUUUUUGUUCUCUUUUUAUUCUUUUGAUAAUUUCUGUGCACAGAUAUCGAAAGGUCUGCAAGCCUCUUGGCAAACAGAUGAUAUUAAAGUGGAAAAGAGUUGCGUUGUGUGUAGCGUUAAUAACAGCGUUCACCUUAUCUGUGCCCAUGACUCAUUUUUAUGGUUCUGUACCCUUUCCCAAUGAUGCAGAGGGUAUAACUGGUUUAAGAUGCAGCAGACUGAAGACCGUCAACAAAACUGGGUCUUUGAUUUUUGGAGGAAUCGUAGUCCUGACAGCAAUAACAAUCAUCGUUACUCUUAUCUGUCUUUAUACCAAAAUAGGAUACACUAUUCUUAAGCAUUUCAAGUAUACGAAGACAAGUAACAAUUUGGGGACAGAACACGCCAGUAAGACCGAUCAAUCCCAAGUUGGAGUCUCAAGUAGUGAUAACCCACUGAGUGAUACAGAAAAUGGGACCGAAGACACCGGAUUGUCCAGCAUUCAGUCUGCCCCAACUUCUUCUACAGCAACAGGAACGCCCCCUACCAUCGAUACAACACCCACUGUAAGAAAAACAGUUCCCUUCAAGUCCAGUGCAAAGAAAAGGAAAGAGAAAGACAACCGUAAAGUUGUCUACAAAUUCACUCUGAUGUUCAUGCUAAUCACAGUCAUUUUCCUCAUCUGCUAUAUCCCAAAGGUCAUUAUUAUGCUGCUAGAAGCCAGGAAUCCCAAAUUUUGGGAGGAAUUCUCGGACUCUGCUAGAGCUGGGGUCUUGUUUGUGUACAGAAUGUACAUCAUAAACAAUAUUACUAAUCCUUUCAUAUACGCUUUCCUGGACAAUAUGUUUGCAAAAGAGAUAAAACAUUUCUUCACACUCUGCAGAUGCUAGAAUCAAAU